AUGGCGAAGCAGCUAUAUCAGUGCGUUGAUGGCUUCUGCAUUCCGAAUGCGUAUUGUGAAGAAAACUUUCGCUCUGCAAUGAGCUAUAGGGCGCGCGAAGGAGACAUCUUCAUUGUUACUUACCCAAAGUGUGGGACCACAUGGACCCAAUACAUCGUGUGCAAUAUCUUGAGCCGCGGAAGUCCGCCUUCGGAUAUAAACGACUACGACCUCAUGAGUCCUUUCCUGGAUGCCAGGGGAGCCGACGCUGCGGAGAAUCGGCCUGAACGAGGUCCCAUCUUGACCCACCUUCCAAGCGGCGUUCUUGAACCGGUGCACUGGGCCAAGUACAUAUACGUCGCCAGGAACCCGUACGACUGCGCCGUCUCGUAUUACCAUUUCCUCAAGGGGUUCACACCCAAGGCGUUCCCAAAUUUCGACGACUUCCUGGCCAUAUUCCUUUCUGGAAAGGUUCCAUACGGCGACUAUUUUGACCACCUGCUGUCCUGGUACGGCUAUCGAGGUGACGCCAACGUCCUUUUCUUAACCUACGAGAAGCUCAAGACAGAUGGCAGGACGCAGCUCCUCAAAAUCGCUGAUUUUCUUGGCAAAGAGCAUGGUACAGCACUGCGUCAGGACGAAGCGUUACUCCGUCGUCUUCUGGACGCCUGUCGCUUGGACAAGAUGAAGACGCUUAUCAAGGACAACCCUGUAGACAGAUUUAAAUCAGAGACACCCAAACUCCAAGUUCUCUACUGGGCUUCCCUUCAAAUUAUAAGCAUGCUCAUGGACCGACCGUUGAUGCGGCGGCUUCUCUAG